AAGCAGGGUUUUUGACGGCCAAACGCCGGUCUUCUUCUUCUUCAUUCUUUCUCCAUCCUUCGAUUUUCUCAUUUCAAUUACAGCAUACAUUAUUAAUUUUUCCUCCUUUUAAUUCUGGGUUUAAAUUUUAUGCACAACUUCUGUUUGAUCUUACGAAAAAAACAAAAAAAAUGUGGAGAAAGGCCUCAAAAUUGGAGAUUUUGAGGAAGAUCAAAAGCUCAGGUGAGCUAAAACCUUACUCAAAUGUCACGAGAUGGAAUGAAUCAUCACGAGAUUGUACCAAAAGCAAGCAAUUUUUAGGGCAAAACAGUGUUAAUCCCAGGUUUCAAUUGAUCGGUAUUGGGCGAAAAGGGGAUAAAUUGUGUAGAAAGAGUGAAACUGGUGGUUCUAAUUCCAUGUUCUCAGCAAACCCUUUUGGUAUUUCUGGGUUCUACACCCAACCCAUGUGUUGUUCUUACGCAACCGCGGCGGCGGAAGAGACCGUGACAGCUUCGUCUGAAGAAGACGACGAAGUCCGCGAAUUGGUGGAAGAAAUUAAAAAACCACAGGGAGUGAAGCUGCCGCCGCCGCCGCAGCCGACACCGCAAAAGGCGGCGAGUAAUGUGAUUGCCGGAAUGAGCGCAGGGAGAUACAAGGCACUUAGAAAACGGCAAGUGAAGGGGGAGACUGAAGCUUGGAUAGAGGCUGCGAGAGAGUAUCAGGAGUUGUUAUCUGAUAUGUGUGAACAGAAGCUUGCCCCUAAUUUGCCAUACAUGAAGUCUUUGUUUCUGGGUUGGUUUGAGCCUUUUAGGGAUGCAAUUAAGAAAGAGCAGGAAAUGUCAAAGGUGGGGAAGAACAGGCCGAUUUAUGGUCCUUGUCUCGAUGAAUUGCCGGCGGAUAUGAUGGCGGUUAUCACUAUGCAUAAGUUGACUGCUCUGUUGAUGAAUGGUACUACUACUGUGAUCCAAGCUGCGUCCCAAGUUGGUGAAGCUAUUGAACAAGAGGCUAAAAUUCGAAGAUUCUUGGAAAAAUCAAAGAAAAAACCUGCAACUAAGAACAUGGAUGAGGAUGAUGCAGCAAAAGUACAACAGAGGCUUGCGAAGAAGGUGACUUCUUUGAUGAAGAAGCAAAAAGUUCAGCAGGUUCGAGAAAUAGUGAGGGGGCAAGAUGAUGCAAAACCUUGGGGCCAGGACAACCAAGUAAAGGUUGGCUGCAAAUUAAUUCAACUACUGAUGGAAACUGCAUAUAUACAACCUCCAGUAAAUCAAUUAGCAGAUGGUCCACCGGACAUUCGCCCUGCAUUUAUCCACACUCAACAAACUAUUUGUAAAGAUGCACAAAAAGGAAUCCGCAGGAGAUAUGGAGUAAUACAAUGUGAUCCUUUGGUCCGCAAGGGUUUGGAAAAAUCUGCUAGGCACAUGGUGAUUCCUUAUAUGCCAAUGUUGGUUCCUCCGUUGAACUGGACUGGGUACGACAAAGGAGCAUACUUGUUUCUUCCAUCUUAUAUUAUGCGAACUCAUGGGGUUAAACAGCAAAGAGAAGCGAUUAAAAGGGUUGCAAAGAACAAUUUAAAUACCGUUUAUGAGGCUCUUGAUACACUUGGUAGCACUAAAUGGAGGGUAAAUACAAAGGUGCUUAGUGUCAUAGACAGAAUAUGGGCAAGCGGUGGGUGCAUUGCCGACUUAGUUGACCGCGAAGAUAUUCCAAUACCAGAAGAACCAGAUACAGAUGAUCCAGCGGAAAUUAAGAAAUGGAGGUGGACAGUUAGAGGUAUCAAGAAAGAAAAUGCAGAAAGGCACUCUCAACGGUGUGAUACAGAACUCAAGUUAGCUGUGGCCAGAAAGAUGAAGGAUGAGAAGUGGUUUUACUAUCCACACAAUCUGGAUUUCCGAGGCCGUGCAUACCCCAUGCACCCUCAUUUGAAUCAUCUUGGUAAUGAUGUAUGUCGGGGAAUCUUAGAGUUUGCAGAGGGACGCCCACUUCGAGAGUCCGGACUUUGCUGGCUCAAAAUUCAUCUGGCAAAUUUAUAUGCUGGUGGUGUUGAUAAAUUGUCCCAUGAGAGUCGCAUAGCAUUUACGGAGAGUCGUCUAGAUGAUAUUUUCGAUUCAGCGGAUAGGCCUUUGGAAGGUAGACGCUGGUGGUUGACUGCCGAAGAUCCUUUCCAGUGCCUGGCAGCAUGUAUAAAUCUUACUGAGGCAUUAAGAAGCUCAUCCCCAGAAGACUAUCUGUCACAUAUUCCCGUCCAUCAGGAUGGUUCAUGUAAUGGUUUACAACAUUAUGCUGCCAUCGGAAGAGACAAGAUUGGAGCAGAGGCCGUGAAUCUUGUUGCAGGGGAUAAACCAGCUGAUGUUUACUCUGGCAUUGCUGCCCGGGUUUCUGAAAUUAUGCGUAGCGAUGCUGAGAAAGAUCCUUCAACUGAACCUAAUGCACUCCACGCAAAGCUUCUGUUGAAUCAGGUGGAUAGGAAGCUGGUCAAGCAGACUGUAAUGACUUCGGUGUAUGGUGUCACUUACAUUGGCGCUCGAGAUCAAAUUAAGAAGAGACUGAAAGAACGUGAAAUCAUUAUAGAUGAAAAUGAGAUGUUUUCUGCAGCGUGCUAUGCUGCCAAAAUCACCAUGACUGCACUUGAAGAAAUGUUUGAAGCAGCACGUCGCAUAAUGGGUUGGCUCGGUGACUGCGCAAAGAUCAUAGCAUCCGAAAACCAGCCCGUGCGAUGGACAACACCUCUUGGACUCCCUGUUGUUCAACCUUAUCGCAAUUAUGGAAGACGCCUUAUCAAGACUUCUCUUCAGGUUUUAACCCUUCGUUGUGAUACAGAUAAGAUCAUGGUUAAGCGCCAGAGAACAGCAUUUCCUCCAAAUUUUGUCCACUCUCUUGAUGGUUCCCACAUGAUGAUGACUGCCGUUGCCUGCAAACAAGCUGGCAUGUACUUUGCAGGUGUUCAUGAUUCAUAUUGGACACAUGCAUGUGAUGUUGACGAAAUGAACCGGAUAUUAAGGGUGAAGUUUGUUGAGCUCUAUGAACAACCAAUACUUGAGAAUUUGUUGGAAAGCUUUCAAGAAUCAUUCCCGACAUUACAAUUUCCUCCUCUCCCUGAACGUGGAGAUUUUGACUUACGAGAUGUUCUGCAGUCUACCUAUUUCUUCAAUUAGUUUGACUGCAUUAUUAGUAUAUAGCCUUCACUUAAUCAUACACAAAAGAAGAAGAUGAUCCAAUAAGAUAAUUUCUCGGUAUCCAUGGUUCAUUAGCAUGUGAGAAAAGCAUUGGAUUCCUACCCCUCCCGAAAGUGGAGAUGGCAAACAGGAAAAAUUUCUGUGUGGACCAUCUGCCUGCACAUUUUAUGAUGAUGCAAAUACAUAGCCAUUUGCCUGCACAUUGGAUCAGAGUUCCCUCCGUGUUUUAUUGGUUGGGAUACCUGCCUUUAUGAACUUGAACCCUCGAAGAAGAAGAGAAAUAGAGAGAAAUUUGUGAACUUGAACCCUCGAAGAAAAAGAAGAGAAAUAGAGAGAAAUUUAUGAACUUGAAUCCUCGAAGAAUUGAAAUAGAGAGAGAAGUUUGUGAAGGAAACAGGAUCGAAUCCUCUAUGGCAGUUGCAGUAAGCAGAUUCUACAGCAGCUGUACAUGAUGGUGAUGCAGAAGCAGCAACAAGAUGGUGAGGGGGCAUUUUUGUAAUUGAUUAGUGAUUACUUAUUUUUCGGACAGUAAAAACAGAACAAAGUGCGAGCAUAUCCAUUGAUAUGGAGUGUUAUCUGCAUAGAUUCAUAUACGCGUUACUGUUAUUAAUGUAUACGUGUGUUCUUUUCUCUUCUUUGAGCACUUAUGAAUUGUGUAGAAUGAAGUUGUAGGAACACAUUUUUUGACACAGAAGUGUCCUGUUAUAAGAAUGUGAAGUUUGUCUUGUCUGAA